AUGCUCACCGUUCUACGACAUUCUUGUCGCAGUCAACCUCGCAUUUUUACUCGUGGUUUUGCAGAAAUCGUUCCUGUAGCCUCUGGCCGGGGUUCUAGGCCUUCUGCUCCACCUCCUCUCAAAGGCACCAUCGACCCUCCGCCUACUCGUGUCAUUGCUGGUCCAGAUGGCAGUUCAAACGCUUUAAAUGAUGAAUUCCAAGUUGCAGCUCCAGAACGACUGGGAAACCGUAUACCAGUGCGGGCAAAUCAUGGAUUGUAUGCAUUCUUCCGAAAGAAAGAACCCGAUGCUGGUCAGACGUUGAUAGGCGAGGCUCAGUUUGAAACUUUGGGUGGAAGUAUAGAGAUGGAAAGAACUCGUUCUGGUAGGUCGUGGAAGGCGUCAGAGCUACGACUGAAGAGCUUUGAAGAUCUUCACGCUCUGUGGUACAUCCUGCUACGAGAACGAAACUUGCUCGCAACGCAGGAAGAAGAAGUUCGUAGACUAGGUGUCAUGAAGGCCGUCCAAACUUUCAACAAUCAAAUCAGGAUGUGUCGCAAAUCUAUGGCUCGCAUCAAAUAUGUGAUGAACGAACGAAGACUUGCUUACGAGGGUGCUGUAACCCUUGCCGAAGAAGAAAAGAUGGCUCAUGUUACGAAUUUGGUGUUGAAGCAGCAGACGGCUGAAUAUCGAACAGAACGUGAACAUUUACUCGGAAGGCAGAAAAGUGCGAAGAUGAAGGCUAUAAGGGAAGCCAAGAGGGUGAAAAUGCAGGCUAAAAUGGAAGCGCAGGCUGAGAUGGAAGCACAGGCUAAGACGGAAGUGCAGGCAGAGACUGAGACGGAAGCACGAACUGCCGUGGUGCAACUCGAUAGUGAGCAGGACCCUGUGACGGCACAGCCUGAAUCUGUUGAGGUCAAGACAGAUACUCCAGAAGAGUCAGCGUCACUUGAACCCGUUGAGACCAAGACCGAUGCUCCUGAAGUAGUUCAGUCUCAACAGGUUGUCGAAAAAUCAGAGCAGACCACGAAAUUCCGGCCUUCACAGUCGGAAAGCGCGUCUGAAGUGGCGACUGCAGGGUUGUUUGGCACUCGUGGUAGACGUAGAUAG